GGUUGAGAACCAGCAGAGGGCAGCACUGUAUGUACACACAGCUUGCGUGAACAUCGGCACGAAACAGGAGAGCAGUGUUUAUAAAGGCCCAUCUUAGCGUCAAUUAGAGAGAGUUUGGCUCCCAGUAAAAGUGUCAGUGUGUAGCUAUUCUCUAGAAGGUGCUAGACAACACCAUACGGCUACUUGUUUACCCGGCUUCAAUCCGACGUGAGACAUGAAGAGAUACCGAGGACGAUGGAGAGUAGAUUCUGUGUUUUGAACGACACCGAAGAUCUCCAAACGCGAAUUUUAAACACUGAGAACAGUCUGCACUUCGAAAGGUCUAAGACUCUGUUUGAGGAAAUUCGUGCCUCCAUAAACAACAACGACGAAGAGGACCGCUCCUUCUGGAGGCCUGUGCUCCCAUGGGGUGGCGUCUUUACCAUCAAGGCAGGACGGAAGGCCAUAUCCUGCACGCCUCUGUACGUGAAAAUCCACCUGAAGAACACCUGCACCAUCGAUGGCUUCCUCAUGAUCCUGUAUGUGAUCCUGCGGGACAACCAGGGCUUUCGCAGGGAGCUGUCUGUCUUCCUGGGCAAGCAGUUCGUGGAGUAUUUCCUGUACCUGAUGGACUCCUGUGACUACACCACGGUGAAGAUGCUGUGGAUCUGGGACAGAAUGUCCAAGAGACAAUACCGCUCUGAGAUCCACCAGGCAGCGUUGGAGAUAGACCUGUUUGGCAAUGAGCAUGAAAACUUCACAGAGAACCUGGAGAACCUGAUGUCCACCAUGCAGGAGAGUCUGUGCACCAGCUGGAGCUGUCCGUCCCGCUUCCAGGAUUUCAUCAAGACCACCAUCAGCAUCAGUCCUCCACAUGAGCUGCCUCACAGAGACCCAAUUCAGUCAGCAGUGGAUGAGUUCUUCUCCCCCAAGCUCCUCCUCUGCUCAGAAAUGGGGUGUGAUGGCCUUCGGGAGUUCUCUCAGAGGGUCUUCUGCCACGGACCCCCACCCUUUGUGAUUCUCAACAUGCAGCAGUGGAAGUCAGAAGAGCUGUCCUAUGUCCCCUACCACCUGGCUCUCUGUCAGCACAGGUAUCUACUAGAGGGCGCCACACUCUUCAACAAAGAGGAACAUCACUAUUCUGCAGCCUUCCAGAUAGACGGCUGCUGGAUGCACUACGACGGCCUGAGGAGUGAUAAUCUCAUCCUGUUACACAAGCCUCCAGAGCUCCUGCUGCUGUCCUCUCUGGUCUACAUCCGCGCUUCUGACAAGUGAACUUGUUUCGUCACAGGUGGACAUACAGUACAGAUGAGAUGAGAGUGAAUGCAUUCAUCCUUUCGUUGACCACUGAGUCAUGACCCUCGUUAUUGGCAUUACGUUGCUGUAAACGCAUCAUUAGAAUUUUAAUUCAUUCCCGCCCUGUGUAUGCUUCCGCUGUCAGCUGUUAGACUGAAUGACAAAUGCUUCGUUUCACUUGAGUGCUUGCAGAGAGCUUUCUGUGCAAAAAGAAGAUGACUGACUUCUUUUGGGGUGUGCUUGGAAUCCAAGAAUAUAAUGGACUAUAAUAGUUCUGGGCUGAUAUGCAUAAAUGACAGUGAUCGUAUACAUUAGCAGUUACCUUCUAUGAAACAGGCUCAUAUGGUUUUGCAGUUGGUUGUGCAUUUGAAGCAGCCUUGUGUAAAUGGAUGUUUGGAGUUGACACUGACAGUACAUCACCUUUCAAGCAAAAGUAUACACCGAUCAGCCACAACAUUUGAACCAUCUGCCAGGAUCUCUGUGAUGUCUGGCCCUGGGUGGCAAGUCUUUAGGGUCUUUGCAGGGUAAGGCCUCCAUAGAUAGGGCUUGUUUCUUCUUUUUUGUUCAGCAAAUUGUGAUCUGGCUUGUUUGGAGGCUAAGUAUCAUUACCAUGUGCAGGGGGGAUGAACUUGGUCUGGAACAGUGGUGACAUCCGUGUGAACACCAAGAGGUUUUCCAGCAGACCUUCAAUGUUAUUCACCUGUCAGUGGUUUGUAAUAUUGUGGCUAAUUGGCAUCACUUUACAUUUAUGCAUAUCAGCCCUUUCUUAAAAUGAAACUGGUGCUUUUCCUAUUUACACUGUUGUCUGCGAUAAAGAAGCAACCAAACAAGGUCAAUGUAAAUGGAAGGUUCUUACAUCUUGUUUGUUAAGAUGUUUAAAUUGGCAGGAAAGCAUUUAAUACAAUGAGUCAGUGUUAAUAUAUAAAUUCUCAAAUGAUAUAAAUCUGAAAUUUAGUGGGUUUUCUAACACUAAAAGCAUAAAUAUUACCCGUUUCACUUCCUUGGCACAAAGCAUGUACAUAAUGGUGAAUAAAGGUCAUGCAUUUUAAGCCACCGAAGUCUUUUAUUUUGUAAAAGAAUUACUGUUAAUCACAUGGUGCCUCUGCCAAGGAAAGUUCAUGAAAUUGAAUUGUUGAGUGUUCAUAAUUUUUUAUGGCUGUUUUUCUAUGCAGACACUGUCUUUAAAGUGCAAAUACAGAUAUUUUGGAAUA